AUGAUUUAUGAGUUUAAUGCUAGUUUUAGAAAAAGAGAUGGUAAUUUCUUUAUUUUUAUAUUAGGAUGGGAAGGUAAUUCUAACUUCCUGACCUGUGGAGAGAUUCGAUAUUUUGGGUCUACUAAUUAUAAUUGUCAGAUUAGCAGGAUUUUUUUAGAUCUAGAACCUCAUUCUCAUAUUAUAGUGGAAGCACAAAUUCUAAGGUAUUUAAUAAAAAAGGAUUGA